GGCUGAGGGGAGGCCGGCAGCCUUUCUGGGGCCUGGGGGAUCCUCUUGCACUGGUGGGUGGAGAGAAGCGCCUGCAGCCAACCAGGGUCAGGCUGCGCUCACAGUUUCCUCCGGCAGCAUGUAAAGGCUCCACAAAGGAGUUAGGAGUUCAAAUGAGGCUGCUGCAGACCGCCCGAGGAUGAAGCCCCAGCCCUGAGCGGCACUGCCCAAGUCCCAAGACUUGCACAGCAUGGCACUGAGGCAACCUCCUGCCUCUACCGUGAAAGAAGGCAGGCUGUGAGCGAUCCUAGCAGGACCCCUAGACCAGCCCCCGCCCCUGCCCCUUCUCCGGCCGGGUCUCUACUGCAGAGGCAAAGCAAGCAGAGGCCAGCAAGGCAGGGCUGCCUGGCGGCCAGUCUGGCCUGCAACUCAGGGACCCCCCUGCUGGAGGCCAUGGAAAGGCUGCCCCGCUGAGGACAAGGUGAAGCAUGUGAGGAGCUGCUCUGAGAAGCAAACAGGAGGGCAGAGGAUUUCAUAGACAUUUUUUACAAAGAAUAACCAUUCUGCAAGGAUGAUGAGGCUGUUGUGUGUGGUGUGCUGGUGGCUGGGACUGCUGGCUGCCGUGGGAGCUGCUGUGGGUCAGGAGAAUGGUUUUGAGGGCACUGAAGAGGGCACAACAAGAGAGUUCAUUUACCUGAACAGGUACAAGAGAGCCGGGGAGUCCCCGGACAAAUGCACCUACACCUUUAUUGUGCCCCAGCAGCGGGUGACAGGUGCCAUCUGUGUCAACUCCAAGGAGCCCGAGGUGCUCCUGGAGAACCGAGUGCAUAAACAGGAGCUGGAGCUGCUCAACAACGAGCUGCUGAAGCAGAAGCGGCAGAUUGAGACACUGCAGCAGCUGGUGGAGGUGGACGGUGGCAUUGUGAGUGAAGUCAAGCUGCUUCGCAAAGAGAGUCGCAACAUGAACUCGAGGGUCACGCAGCUGUAUAUGCAGCUCCUACAUGAGAUCAUCCGAAAGCGGGACAAUGCACUGGAGCUCUCCCAGCUGGAGAACAGGAUCCUCAACCAGACGGCUGACAUGCUGCAGUUGGCCAGCAAAUACAAGGACCUGGAGCACAAAUAUCAGCACCUGGCCACCCUGGCCCACAACCAGUCAGAGAUCAUUGCACAGCUUGAAGAGCACUGCCAGCGGGUGCCUGCAGCCAGACCCGUCCCCCAGCCACCUCCUGCCACACCACCUCGGGUCUACCAGCCACCCACCUACAACCGCAUCAUCAACCAAAUCUCCACCAAUGAGAUUCAGAGUGACCAGAACUUGAAGGUUCUCCCACCUCCUCUGCCCACCAUGCCUACUCUCACCAGCCUCCCAUCCUCCACAGACAAGCCAUCAGGGCCAUGGAGAGACUGUCUGCAGGCCCUGGAGGAUGGCCAUGACACCAGCUCCAUCUACCUGGUGAAGCCAGAGAACAACAAUCGCCUCAUGCAGGUGUGGUGCGACCAGAGACAUGACCCUGGAGGCUGGACUGUCAUCCAGAGGCGGCUGGAUGGCUCUGUCAACUUCUUCAGGAACUGGGAAACAUAUAAGCAAGGGUUUGGGAACAUUGAUGGUGAAUACUGGCUGGGCCUGGAGAACAUCUACUGGCUGACAAACCAAGGCAACUAUAAACUGCUGGUGACCAUGGAGGACUGGUCUGGCCGCAAGGUCUUUGCUGAAUAUGCAAGUUUCCGCCUGGAGCCCGAGAGUGAGUACUACAAGCUGCGACUGGGACGCUACAAUGGCAAUGCUGGUGACUCCUUCACUUGGCACAAUGGCAAGCAGUUCACCACCCUGGACAGAGACCAUGAUGUCUACACAGGAAACUGUGCCCAUUACCAGAAGGGUGGCUGGUGGUAUAAUGCGUGUGCCCACUCCAACCUCAAUGGUGUCUGGUACCGUGGGGGCCAUUACCGGAGCCGCUACCAGGAUGGCGUCUACUGGGCUGAAUUCCGAGGAGGCUCCUACUCGCUGAAGAAAGUGGUGAUGAUGAUCCGACCCAACCCCAACACCUUCCACUAAAGCCAGCACCUCCUCCUGACCUCUCGUGGCCAUUGCCAGGAGCCCAUCCCAGCCAUGGUGACCCUAGCAAACAGAGCAACUCACUAGUGCAGCUUGAGGCUGGGAGAACUGGGAUACUGGAUUCUAUUUUCCAAAGUCACUGAGGCAGAUAAUGGAAGUGAAACAAGACACUAUUCUCUGACCCUUCUACUUUUCUUCAUACCAGACAGCCCCUAAUGUUUCCAGGACAGGACAGGACUACAGACAAAUUUUCUUUACAUAAAGUUCCCACCUCCACAGGGAAAACACAACCACAAAAUACCUUCA